AUGGCGUCCUUAUCGAGCUUAUUACCUGCGCCCACCCAGCAGGUAUGGGAUCGUGACGACGAGCGGAAAUCUAAACGAGUCGGGAGUGCUCUAGUUGUUUCACAGACCAGUGUUCCACCUUAUGGUCAGAGAAAAGGAUGGAUUCCAAGAACAGAGGAGGAUUUUGGAGAUGGUGGUGCCUUCCCGGAGAUACAUGUUGCCCAGUACCCCCUGGGUAUGGGGGCGAGAGGAAAGGAGAGCACAUCCAAUGCACUUGCAGUCCAACUGGAUGAGUCGGGGAGAGUUAAAUACUCUGCUAUAGCAAGACAAGGGCACAGCGCCGAUAAGAUAAUUUAUUCCAAACUAACAGAUCUACUACCGUCAGAGGUAUUAGCAGAAGAUGAUCCUUCACUACAGAAGCCAGAUGAGGAGGAUAUACAAGAUAUUACAGAAAAAACUAAACAGGCACUGGAAAAGUUGACCAAUGCUAAAAUAUCUGCUGCAUUGCCCGUAAAAGCUGCUCCAAAAGCUGCACCUGCUCAAUAUAUCAGAUACACACCAGCGCAGCAAGGAGGUGCAUUCAACUCCGGAGCUAAGCAAAGAGUAAUCAGAAUGGUGGAAGCCCAGGUGGAUCCAAUGGAACCCCCACGUUUCCAGAUAAACAAAAAAAUCCCCCGAGCAGCUCCUUCGCCUCCCGCACCGGUACUACAUUCGCCGCCGAGACGUGUUUCAGUGAAACAACAAAGAGACUGGAAAGUACCACCGUGUGUUUCUCACUGGAAAAAUGCUAAAGGGUACACAAUACCUCUGGACAAACGUCUAGCAGCAGACGGCCGGGGUUUACAACAAGUACACUUCAAUGAGAACUUUUCUAAACUGGCGGAGGCUCUAUACAUAGCUGACAGAAAAGCAAGAGAAGCAGUCGAGGCGCGCGCUCAAUUAGAAAGGAGAUUAGCUCAAAAGGAUAAGGAGAAGAAGGAAGAACAUUUGAGGAUGAUGGCGCAGAGGGCUAGAGAUCACAGAGCUGGCAUUCGUGCACCCGAUGAUGACCAGGACACUGCAGAAAUAGACGAGAGUGGCCUCACAGCUGCUGAGAGGGACAAGCUGCGAGCAGAGAGACACAAAGACAGGCAGCGAGAGAGGAACCUUGCCAGAGCUGCGCCUGACAAGAGAUCAAAACUUGUGAAAGAUCGCGAGCGGGAUAUAUCAGAACAAAUUGCGCUUGGUUUACCAGCCAAGACGAACCAGGGCGGCGAGGCGAUGUUUGACCAAAGACUCUUCAAUAAUAGCAAGGGAAUGGAUAGUGGUUACGGCGACGAUGAAGCAUACAAUGUUUACGACAAGCCGUGGCGCAACCAAGACAAUGUCGGGUCACACAUUUACCGACCAUCACGGAACGCUGACAAAGACAAUUAUGGAGGGGACCUCGACGCUAUUGCUAAUACUCGCAGAUUUGUGGCUGACAAAGAAUUUGCUGGCACAAGUAGCAGUAACACCCGCUCUGGUCCUGUACAGUUUGAGAAAGAUGCUCCAUCAUCUAGAGAUGAACCAAGUCGCAACCAACCUGAUGCUGAUUUUGAUCCAUUCGAAACGGAGAGACUAGUUUAUAGAUGUGGAUUCUGUACAUAG